AUGACCUGGACCAGAAUCGCUGCAAGCUAUGUGCGGAAGAACCGCGAGCUCCCUCCCACAGCUGAGAAUCAGUUCCGCGUGACCGGAAAGGACGAGCAAGCUGAAGCAGCAGUUCCUGACGAUGCGAAACACAGCCCGGACUCACGGAGGCGUGGCAAGAGCUCACUGCCAGCCUUCGUUCCAUGGUGGCGUCAGGCUGGCCGUCAGGCUGCCUGUUGGCCAAGCAUUCUUCUAGGCCCAGCUUCCGGCGAGGAUGGUAGGCUCCAAGCCUUCCAGCAGGCCGCGGACGCCAAUUCCUUGCAGCUGCAGGUUGAGGCCCUGCAUGCAGCUGCGGGCCUGCGCCGACUGGGAGCAAGCUGCCAGCUCUGGCCACCGGGGGCCGGGAUGAUCGAUGCCCGAGUCGUGUCAGAGAUGCAACAGAACGUGGCCUCCUACGCCUUGGAGGGUGUAUGCGGGCCACAUGAUUUCAUCGUGACCCUCGUUCUACAAAGGAAAGAGGAGAGGAAAGCCGAGGAGGAUGAUUCUGCGAAGAAGGACGGCAGAAAAGCUGAGGACGACGAAGAUGAGUCGACAAAACGAGUGGUCGUUGUCGGCACGAGGUUCUUCUUGCGAGCGCUUUCCGAUCAAGGUCAUGAAGCCAUGGAGCGUGCAGCGAAGGAUGCAGGCGGUAGCAGCCGCUCCUUUGAUAGUCGUCAAAGUCUCUUGGAGUUCUUCGAGCGCCUGUCGCGACGACAUGCCGCCAAUGCAUCGCGCGUCUGGGCAUCCAACUGA